CCUCCCGCGCGGGAAGCUUACCAUGCGGCUGUGGGCCCCGCGGGCGCUGUUCACCCUGCUCCUCCCCACACUGCUGGCUCCAGGAGAAGCCAGGCGGAGGGGAGCCCUGCAGGGCAGGAACACCACCAGGCCCACUCUGCUGAGGCUGUCGGAUCACCUCCUGGCCAACUACAAGAAGGGCGUGCGGCCCGUGUGGGACUGGAGGAAGCCGACCACUGUGUCCAUCGACGUCAUUGUCUAUGCCAUCCUCAGUGUGGAUGAGAAGAACCAGGUCCUGACCACCUACAUCUGGUACCGGCAGCAUUGGACCGAUGAAUUUCUCCAGUGGAACCCUGAGGACUUUGACAACAUCACCAAGUUGUCCAUCCCCACCGACAGCAUCUGGGUCCCAGACAUUCUCAUCAACGAGUUCGUGGAUGUGGGGAAGUCUCCAAGUAUCCCGUAUGUGUAUGUUCGGCAUCAUGGUGAGGUCCAGAACUACAAGCCCCUCCAGGUGGUGACCGCAUGUAGCCUGGACAUCUACAACUUCCCCUUCGAUGUGCAGAACUGCUCGCUGACCUUCACCAGCUGGCUGCACACCAUCCAGGACAUCAACAUCUCCCUGUGGCGUUCACCAGAAAAGGUGAAGUCGGACAAGAGCGUCUUCAUGAACCAGGGAGAAUGGGAACUGCUGGGCGUGCUGACCCAGUUCCAGGAGUUCAGUAUGGAUAGCAGCAUCUACUAUGCAGAGAUGAAGUUCUAUGUGGUCAUCCGCCGGCGGCCACUGUUCUAUGUGGUCGGCCUGCUGCUGCCCAGUAUCUUCCUCAUGGUCAUGGACAUCAUGGGCUUCUACCUGCCCCCAGACAGCGGCGAGAGGGUGUCCUUCAAGAUCACGCUCCUCCUGGGCUACUCCGUCUUCCUGAUCAUUGUGUCUGACACGCUGCCGGCCACUGCCAUCGGCACUCCCCUCAUCGGUGUCUACUUCGUGGUGUGCAUGGCCCUGCUGGUCAUCAGCUUGGCCGAGACCAUCUUCAUCGUGCGGCUGGUGCACAAGCAGGACCUGCAGCAGCCUGUGCCGGCCUGGCUACGGCGCCUGGUGCUGGAGAGGAUCGCCUGGCUCCUCUGCCUCGGGGAGCAGACAACCUCCCGGAGGGCCCCCCCCACCUCCUACGCCACCAAGGCUGAUGACCGCUCAGCCACGGAAAACCACUGUGGCCAUUUGGGAGGAUCUCUGGACUUGGAGAAGAACCCUAGGGGCAGAGGCAGCCCUGUCCCACCCCCACGGGAGGCCUCGCUGGCCGUGAGGGGGCUGCUGCAGGAACUGUCCUCCAUCCGGCACUUCCUGGAGAAGCGGGAUGAGAUCCGAGAGGUGGCCCGGGACUGGCUGCAGGUGGGCUCCGUGCUGGACAAGCUGCUCUUCCGAAUCUACCUCCUGGUGGUGCUGGCCUACAGUGUCACCCUGGUCAUGCUCUGGUCCAUUUGGCAGUAUUCUUGA